CAAAAUCAAAAAACUGUGCUUCCAAGCGCAUGCCGGAGAAGGCAAGAUCCGUAAUUUGCACACCCGAAGGUGCUGCCGUAUGCUAUGCGACGCGUGAAUCUCAUCGAUGCUCAUCCCAUGUUUUCAACUGUUGCUUGGCCGUUAAAACCAAAUACGAAAGAACAUCAUGCUAUCGCAGCUUUCUGUGGAAAGAGGAAAUGCUGCCGAUGUGAGAGCUACCUCCGAGCGGUGAGUCACAAAUUUAUAUACAUGCAGAAGUACACGGUGGUUUUCCGGUAGACUACAGUGCAGACUAACGACGGUCGCAGGUUGCGUGCUCCUGUAAAGCUGUCUGUGAAGGAACAGAUUCCGUCUGUUUGAGCAGUAGACAGAUGGGGCGACGUCGGUAGAGAAAAAAGACUGCUUGAACGAAGUCGCUGCUGAAGUAACUGUAAGGGUAGUGUGUUUUUUAUUAUUACAUUACAUCGUGGUUCUAUGUAUUUUCAUGCAUGCGGAGGUUGGGCAGGUUAUUCCGAGACGCGGUCAUUCUUCGAACCAUUGAGGCAUCAAAUACAGAGGGGUAUUUAUUGUCACAAAGAGUGUACACAGCUAUUCUAGCUGUAGAAUGAGACAGAUCAAGCUGCACACCGAAACCGCUCUAUAUGGAAAAAAGUUCUGGGUUUUCUCGACCCUGCCAGGGUGAAGUCAACAUGUGUUUCAACCAACCCGGUGGUGAUUCCGACAGUCAAUAUGGAACAACAUGCCACGGCGCCCAGAUUAUGCUGCGGCACCUCACAGAAUUGGACGGCCUCGUUUUUUCGAAUGGCAAGUCUCUUCAUCAAAAAGCGAAAGCGGUCGUCUGCGGAAAGCGGCUUGGCGAUUGGCCACGGAUCCUUGUGCCGCGGGAGAGAGGCGCCAGCCUAUCUGCAAUUUUCUGCACAUUGGUCUCCGACUCCGUUGCUGCGACUACGGAAACAGCUUUAUUUCCUGCCACACAUCCACGCACCCGACACUGCGGCUUUCUGCAACAUUCCAGCAACGAAAAACCCGUCCGUCCAUCAACGCUCGCUGCGUGGACGCUCAUACCCGCAGUUGGUGGUCAGAAUGCCCUGCGUGUAUACAUGUCUUGUCAAGGAAACGAAUGUGUCAUGACUGUCUUGCCAUGUCUUUGCUCGCUUGGACGCAUAAGACUAUCUUUUCUCUUGCUACUUGUCUCUGAAAGUUACUGUCUUUGGCAAACCGUGCCUUUCCUUCUGGCUGCGGGAACCUUUGUGUAGGUAGUCGUUGAGACGUAAGUCGGAUGCCACGCCCAUCUCGUCUUGCCUCUCUUGUCUCCGACUUUUCUGGUGGAUCGUAGCAAUUGUUUUCCUCGAUUCUCGACGACGUCCCGUUCACCGCCACUGCGAAACCGACUCCAUCGCACCGUGGGCCCAGACUUGCACUUUUGUUGUGCAGUCGCUGCAAGCUAAGCGCAGCGUGUUUUGGCCGCCUGUUCAUUUGUCUGCCGACCUCCUGCGAGUCAAGAGCCAACAAGGGGCUGACGUCUUGUCUCUCCCUUGUUCUGGUUCCUGUUCUGGCUGCAUCUCGUUCGGCUUACAACGAUGUAUUAGAACAAGGCCUGACCCCAAAGGGGGGUGGGGUGUUUUUGUGCCCGCUCUCAACGCUCGACGGACUUGUUGUAUAGCCAUCCUCGUGGGAACAAACCACACGUGUUUCCGCCUCCCUUGUCCCUUCGGACUUUUUUCUUGAGGCGUUUGCAUCGACCCAGUUCCCGGUAGACUCCCGUCCAGGCGCCCGAGCCCCUCGCACAUUUCCCCAGGAACGGUCUGCGUUUCCCGUCUUUCAUCUGCUUCAA